AUGUCUCUGAAUGGGCUCGAUGAGGUAGCUGUCAUCGAAGCAUACCAAGCUGCUCUCGCGGAACCGGGCGGAUGGUUUCUGUUAAAAUAUGUCACAAGAGACACCAUCGAUCUUCUGCAAAGAGGGACUGGAGGCGUUGUUGAAGUCAGGAUCGCCAUUGAGGCAUAUGAGGAGAAAUCCCCGGUCUAUGGCCUGGUGCAAUACCGCCGGAGGAAGGUGGUGCUCAAAUAUGUUCCUGAAGGAACGUCGAGGCUGCUGCAGGCGCGCCUUACUGUACAAUUCCAAUCAAUCCUCGAGAAAUUCACCCCUCACGAUACAGUCUUCAAUUUUACCGCCGCAACCGAACUGACCGAUUCCGCCCUCUCAUCGGCAUGUAUGCUGCACACCUCGAUUGCGUCUUUCAACUCUUCAACAUCUUCACUCCAUCGUCAUCGGUUGGGGGAGAUUACUGAAGAUGUUGAGGAAGGAGGAGAGAGACGCAAGUCUGGGCUAAGGCAUAGCAUCCUGUCAGACGCAGACAGUGGCUCUAAAGAGGGGCGGAACAAUGUCACAUAUCAAGCAACAGCUACCUCAAAUUUGUCUCCAGUCUCGCACUUGCCUGAUAAUCACAAACCCUCCACGCCUGCCUCACUUAUCUCUCCAAUUCCAACCUUCGACAAAUCUUUACCCGCAACUCCAGAACAGUCUCCUGGGAAGAGGCCAACCAGCAGAGCGGCCGACCAUGAAGCAACAGCUGCCGGCGAAGACCUAAUUCCCCCAAGAUUAGAAGGUCAAAGACUAAGCUUAGAUUCUCGCCGUUCAUCACAAUCUAAACGCCCAUUAGCUCUAGACACAGAUCGCGCUAACUCAGCAUACAACCCCUAUAAACCCAAGGCCAAACUUGGUCCACGUCCGUCAGCACAACGACCUCGGACGCCCGGCUCUAGAGGCGAAGCAAGACCUGUUGCUAAUCUGCCAAACUCUAUCCGGGUCUCAACCCGUCCACCGCCCGCUGCCAUUCGGCCGCCUUCGUCUGCGUCUCAUCGACCAAUAUCUCAACAGUCGAAUAGAAGCGCACAUUCAACUUUUGUCGCUGCCUACGACUCCACUCCUCCACCUCCGUUACCACAUCCAUCUGUCCACAUCUCGGCUCUUUAUCAUCCUUCCAAUACUUACUUGAUCAAUCGACCCGCUUCUCCUGCACUAUCAGCCACCACCUCGAUUGCCGCUUCAAUCACUUCUAGUGCACCUCCUCGUAUCACACCGGAGAAACGAAGGCUUAUGAAAGCCCUACAGCUCCGCAAGAAGCAACAAAUGGUCAAGACUAGUCUAAUCAAGCCUUCCAGCACGGAUACGCCAAGUCAAGAAUCCUCAGGGAAGACGCAGAUUUAUCCUCCGGCCAAAAAAAAUGAACACCCAUCUCAUGAUCCGUCAUCCCUGCCCAGGCUGUCUUUAACAGCGCAAAGUCGCGAGCCACCUUCUAGCACAGAUAUCGCUCCGUCGGUUUCAGCACAAGAAGCUGCGAUUCAAGAUCAUAUAAUGGCCAAAAGCAUGGAAUCAAUUAGAGUUGACUCUUCUCUGGACAGUAAGGAUGUCGAUGUGUUGUCAAGCACAAUAGAUUCAGAAUCAGCCACUUCCGAAGCUACAGUACCAAGUUUGAAAUCGACCGCCAUUGUACAGACCACGUCUCCUCUUCUGCCACCCAUAACCCCUCACAACAGGCUGAGUAUUGGUGUUCCAUCAACCUUCGAGAAAGAAGAAAUAGAAAAGCUUCGACAAACAAAUACGAUUGCAAAUUCAAGUACAAUUGCUGAAGAGGAAGAAAUUGACAUAGCUUUCAAAUCACCACAAUCGCUACCUGAGCCGGUGCCGCCCAUCGAGACCAUUCCAGAGCAAUCCCCGCACUUUGAGGCCGCAACCUUGGGCACUGUCGACAAAGAGGCACCUCAGGUGGGAGCGCAUCCCCAAAUCACUGUCGAAGGCGAGCCUGUCCCUUCCAAUAGUGCCGAGAAGCGUGGAUCGGGCUCUGCUGGUAGGCGCACGGGUCGUCGCGGUAUGCUUGAGCAGGACAAGACUAUUGCAAGUCCAGAGACAUCGGACAUAUCAGACGACGAAUCCUUGUAUGAUGAACUUCAAACUGCAAUUGUUGAAGAGGCCAAGUCAGUCAUGGUAGCACGAUCUCCCCGGCAUGCUGUAUUCAACAGAGGUAGCCUGGAACGUCAACAGGAGCCAAAUAGGUCUAUUUCAUUGCAGACUCACCAGACAGAGGAAAACUCCAAAUCCACGACAGAAAAAGCCAAAGUUGAAGCAGGCCGGAGCUCAUCCUCUUCACUACCAACCUGGUCACUUAGUGCUGACUCAGCCCAGUCUCUGCUCCUCAAGAAAACUAACGUAUCGACGGGAAUUUCUAAACGCAUCCAGGCCCUCGAAAUGUUUAGCGGUCGCACGGAAGCACGUCCGGGUUCGCCAAACCAAGCAGCACUACCGAGUCCUCCUCUGACGGGUGGUCUGGUGAAGAAGCGCACGUCUUCCCAUUCUCCAAGUGAAACCCCUGUUCGCUACACAAAUUCGGGCACUUCACCGGCAAAACAAGCUCAUUAUCCCUCACCAAACCCAACCCCAACCCUAACGCCAGCAGUUGCUCAUCAUAAGUCAGCUCUGGCCCAGGAAGAUAUUUCUAAUGUCGACUUCCUUGCCCCAAGACGGAAAGGUGACUCGGUUUCGGUGACAGCACGAAUCGUUGAGGAACCAGUUGAGAGCAAGCCGAUUGAGUCAAGAAACACUUCGAAGCCCGCUUCCAUGAAUCUACAUCCGAACCUUCUGGUUGUGGAGCACGAAGAGGAGGAAUCUCCUCGUCAAUAUGAAUUUUCGAGCGCCACGCAACGGGAUGUUGAGCCACUUCCUUUGAAGAAGUCCCAAGUGAAAGCAACAGAUAAUCCAAACCCUGAGCGGUGCCGGCUAUCAAUGUCUUCGAAUCGUUCUAACCCAGGCCAGAUGCCGCAGUCAGAGUCUUUCACGAAGCGCUUGGCCAUGACCAUUCGUCACGCUAGGACCGGGUCUGGCAAUCUACCUCGUUCUGCUAGCGAUUCGUCCUCGAAUGCGGACGAAAAGAUGGUGAAAGAAUCGCGAAAGGCUCGUUUAAUAAGGCGAAUGUCUGUAUUUACUGCGGGCCCUCGUCGCAGCAUGGCCUCUGCCUUUGGAUCCAACACUCUAAAACAUGAAGAGUCACCUUCUGGAGUUGGCCAACCACCGGAACCAAUCGCCGAGCUUUCGGGAGAAAUUUCUCCUGUAAAUUCUUCUUCAGGAGAAUCUCAUGCUCACGUUGUGGAUAUUGGGGAUGUCAACAUUCAAUUCCCAGAUACACUCCUUUGGAAGCGGCGUUUCAUGCGCAUUGACGAUCAAGGCUUUCUCAUCCUGACACCACCUACAAUGGAGGCAAAUAAACGUGGUAUAAGUCGCCGAUUCCACCUUAGCGAUAUCAAAAAGCCGAGUCUACCACCUCUUGAGCGGGAAGAAUUGCCCUGGAGCAUUGUACUUGAUUUCGAGGAUGGUACCUGUCUUCAAGUUGCUUGCGAAAGCAGAUACGCUCAAGGGCAAGUUUUGAGAAUGCUCGAAGACGCACAUGCAGCGUAUCAGUCUCUGUUCACGCAAUCCUGA